AUGAAUAAAAUACUUGUCACAGGAGGAUUAGGGUAUAUAGGAUCUCAUACAGUUGUCGCACUACAAAAUGCAGGUUAUGAAGUUGUUAUUAUAGAUGACCUUUCUAAUGCAAAUGUAGAUUUUGUAGAUCGUAUUGCAUCUAUCACAAAUGUAACUUCUUUUUAUGAAAUUGAUUUAAAGAAUCAAGAAAAAGUUAAUCAAUUUUUUAGAGAGAAUAAAAUUGAUGGUAUUAUUCAUUUUGCAGCACAUAAAGCUGUAGGAGAAUCUGUAGAAAAACCAUUAAUGUAUUAUAGAAAUAAUUUAGUUGGAUUACUAAAUAUUCUUGAUGGAAUGAAAGAUUUUAAUACUGAUAAUAUUAUAUUUAGUUCAUCUUGUACAGUUUAUGGGCAAGCAGAUAAAAUGCCAAUAGAUGAAGCAACACCUCUCAAAAAACCAGAAUCUCCUUACGGAUUGACCCCACAUUCUUUUUUAAAUGCAACAGAAAAGGCAGAUGAAGAAGAAUAA